AGGCAUGUCCAGCAUGAUUUACUCCCCAGAGCCUCCUUCCAUUCCAACAUCUUGAGGUUGUAUUCUCUUGGAUUAGCGUGGAAAAUGGCUGAUUGAUCACACCAGCCACAGGUAUUUUAGAAAAUUGGAGUACGAGGAAAAACUGGCCGAAAUAAUUACCCCAUACUCCGUCCCAUUCCCACCCGGAAACUUCUGGGACUACCGCUGACACGUCAGAUAUAUUUGCCGCCAUUUUUGACUUUCUUGGCCCUUGUCAAGGUUUUCGUUUCUGAACCGUUGCAAUUUGACUCGAGAUGCCUCGUGAAAUUAUAACUUUGCAAAUUGGACAAUGUGGAAAUCAAAUUGGAAUGGAGUUUUGGAAGCAGCUUUGUGCUGAGCAUGGAAUAAGACCAGAUGGAAUCCUUGAAGAUUUUGCCACAGAUGGAACUGACAGAAAAGAUGUGUUUUUCUAUCAGGCAGAUGAUGAACACUACAUCCCCAGAGCAGUUCUGUUAGAUUUAGAACCAAGAGUAAUAGAUGCAAUCACAUCAUCACCAUAUGCCAACUUGUAUAACCCUGAAAAUAUGUACACAUCAAAGCAUGGUGGAGGAGCUGGAAACAAUUGGGCCAGUGGAUACUCACAGGCUGAACGUCUUCAUGAAGAAACUUUUGAUAUAAUUGACAGAGAGGCUGAUGGGAGUGAUAGUCUAGAGGGCUUUGUAAUGUGUCAUUCCAUAGCAGGUGGAACAGGAUCUGGUAUGGGAUCAUAUCUAUUAGAAAAACUUAAUGACAGAUUCCCAAAGAAGUUGAUUCAAACAUACUCUGUGUUUCCACAACAGGAAGACAUUAGUGAUGUUGUAGUACAGCCAUAUAACUCUAUACUUACACUCAAGCGACUCACUCAAAAUGCAGAUUGUGUGGUUGUUCUUGACAAUACAGCUCUCAACAGAAUUGCAGCAGACAGGUUGCACAUACAAAAUCCAACAUUUUCUCAAGUAAAUCAACUGGUAUCUACAAUCAUGGCUACAAGUACAACAACUCUUAGAUAUCCAGGUUACAUGAACAAUGAUCUGAUUGGUUUGAUUGCAUCUCUAAUUCCCACACCACGAUUACAUUUUCUUAUGACUGGGUACACUCCACUUACUACUGAUCAGAAGGUGGCUAACAUCCGUAAAACAACAGUCCUUGAUGUAAUGAGGAGGUUGUUACAGCCUAAAAAUGUAAUGGUGUCAACACUCAGAGACAGGAAACACAACCACUGUUACAUCUCCAUUCUGAACAUCAUCCAAGGCGAAGUUGACCCCACUCAGGUUCAUAAGAGUCUACAGCGGAUCAGGGAAAGAAAGCUUGCAGAAUUCAUUCCAUGGGGACCUGCCAGUAUUCAGGUUGCAUUGUCAAGAAAAUCUCCAUAUGUACAGACAGCACACAGAGUGAGCGGACUGAUGUUGGCAAAUCACACAAGUAUAUCAACUGUAUUUGAAAAGAACUGCCGACUCUUUGAUAAACUUCGGAAGAGGGAAGCCUUCUUGGAAAAUUAUAAAAAGGAGGAGAUUUUUAAGGACAACUUCGACGAGCUAGAUGCUUCAAGAGAAGUUGUUCAACAGUUGAUAGAGGAAUACCAAGCCGCUACAAAAGCUAAUUACAUCAUGUGGGGAACUCAACAGCAGGGAGCGGCCGCGUCUGGAUUAGAUACAAAGAUUUGAUUUCAAGAACACGGGAAACAGAUUUUCAAUUUUGUAUCUCUUGUGCUGGGAUUCGGCUUAAAGACCGACUCACAGCGACAUAAGAAUCAGCGAGCUUUGACGGUAAAAACGACAAUCUCUUUGAAACGGAGGGCCGGCCUAUGCAGGGGUGUGGAGGGGAGGAGUUAGUAAAUUCGAGUGCAGAGAAAGCGUAAAGUAGAAUCGUUGAGUCCGGGGAUGGUAUUCACGGUUUACGCAGCAGAUUGAAGAAAUAUGGCCUCCUUUCGAUUCGGGCAUUUCUUUCUUGUUCGUUACUAGAUCCUGCACUCUGAUAAAUUUUCCUCUCUUCCUCGCAUGUUAGGCCAGCCACGCAUGUUUCAAGCUUUUGUUACUAUAAUGCGCAGUUUAAAUGAUGUCAAACAGACAGUCUGUCCAACUGAGAUUGAAGAACAGAAAUGUUAGUCUUCGUAGACAGCAUCGCCCAGAAGCACAACCUGGCAAACUUUGUAGUAUUAUCUCCUGUGGUUAGACCCUUGAGACUAAAUCGAAAUCACGGACAGUAAACCUCGCCUUGCGUUCAUCAUUUUUGCCACUCUAACAUUUUUGAUAAGUAAUCUAAGAAAAGUCGUGUUUAUAGUAUUCCUAGGGCGCUAGUCCAUUAAGAAUAGGUAUAUUAGUCUCCCUCGCCAGGUCACUCAAUUCUUUCAUAUGAUGAAAUUGUUUUAGAUUCCCCUGUAAACUUUGUGUUCUUGUGGAUCAGUUGGGAAUAAAUGCAAGAGCUGAACGCUUUAUUAAGAGACUGACUCGACUGAAGCCAGUCAGGUUUAUGUUCACUGAGAAAUAUUGUUAGACUUUUUGCCGCUGAGUAAGUUUACUUGUAUAUAAAUCCGUAGAUACGUUUGUUGAAGUGAGCAUAUUUGGUUAAUUGUAAAGAGAGUUUGGUGGAAGUAAACGUGAGUGUGCGUGA